AUGGCCGCCCAAAUCGAUUACAUUCUCUACGACUCGUCGCUGGGUUACUCGGUUUUCCAGGUUUCGCACCAGAUUGACGGGGUUGCUCUCCAGAGCGCCGAAUACCAAAAUGCUGCCGCUUCGCUAGACAAGUUCGGCAAGCUCGUGAAGCCUGUAGGCUUCUCCCCUUUCCGAGGAUAUGCCGAUGCGUUCGAUAAUGCCAACAAGAUUGCGGAGGGUGUCCUCUCCGAGGCUCUCGAGUCCUGCAUCGCAGCUACCCUCCCCGAGACGAGUGGAAAGAAGAGCAAGAUUACCCUGGGUGUUUACGACUCGGCUACCGCCCGUGUGUUGAAGGAGCGAUUCCCCGGCUACCAAUAUGAGAGCCGUGAGACUUCUCAGGCCGUCGAUACGCUCCUCCGCGGAAUCCGACUCUACUGCGACAAGAUGGUUUCGGAACUUAAGUCCGACGACAUCAACGCCGCCUGCCGUGCCCUCGCUCAUGCCUACUCUCGAGGACAAGUCAAAUUCAACACCAGCCGUGACGACGUGCACAUCAUCCAGCGAAGCGCCGCCCUCGAGGCCAUCGAUAAGGGUCUCAACCAGUGGACGAUGAGGCUUCGAGAGUGGUAUGGCUCGCACUUCCCUGAGCUCGCCACCAUCGUGUCGGAUAACCAGACCUACGCGAAGCUUGCUCAGGCCAUCGGCGACAAGGCCACUCUCACCCAGGACCGUCUCCACGAGAUUGCCGCCCUCGUCAAUGACGACGAGGAGAAGGCGCAGGCCAUCAUCGACGCUGCCGCCACCUCCAUGGGUCCCGAAUACACCGAAUACGACAUGCAACAGAUCAUGGAUCUCGCUACGCUCACCGUCGACACAUUUUCUCGUCGCUCGACCACCGCAAACCAGCUUGACACCAAGGUCGGGCUCGUGGCUCCCAAUCUCCGAGAGCUCUUGGGCGCGCCCGUCUCUGCCCGUCUCAUCUCCCAGGCUGGUUCUCUCGUGACCCUUGCUAAGUACCCCGCCUCGACUCUCCAGAUUCUCGGUGCCGAGAAGGCGCUCUUCCGAGCCCUCAAGACCAAGGGAAACACCCCUAAGUACGGUAUCCUUUACCACAGCAGCGCCAUCGGCAAGGCUGGAGCCAAGAACAAGGGAAGGAUCUCGAGGUAUCUCGCCAACAAGUGCAGUAUCGCCUCUCGUAUCGACGCCUUCUCCGGCACGCCGACCAACCUCUUUGGCCAGGCCAUGAAGCAGCAGGUCGAUGACAGGCUCGAGUUCUACGCCACAGGCAAGAAGACCCCCAAGAACGCCGAUGUGAUGGCUUCCACCGUCCAGGCCAUGCAGGCCAUCCUUGGCGACGCCGCCGACGAGAUGGACGUCGACGAGCCAGAGAAGGCGACCAAGGAUUCGUCCAAGGAUGACCGCGCCGCGAGGAAAGCGGAGAAGGCCGCGAAGAAGGCCGAGAAGGCGGCCAAGAAGGCUGCCAAGGAUGCGAAGAAGAGGGCGGCUGAGGGCGAGGCGGCUGAUUCCCCGGCCGGAAAGAAGAAGAAGAAGAGCAAGAAGGCCGAGGCGUAG